GCGCUCACCUCAGCCGGAGCUGUCACCGCCGCCGGGCUGGUCCCUCCCGCCGCAGCGAUGGAGCGCGGCCCCGGCGCGCCGCCGGCACCGCUCCCGCCCAGAUCCAGCCUUGCUUAUGGAAUUGUUGAAGAUCUGAGAGCAGUGAAAAAACACUUUUGCAUGCAAAAAAAGAACAUUUGGGUCCAUGUGUAAGUGUGGCACUUGAUGACUCACCUACAAGGUUUCUUUGCUGACAUCUGAAGAACGAAGUGCUAUUCAACCUGUACUUCUGUAGCACUAUGACUAACUGUAAAGGCAGAUCUACCAUCUUCAAAACAAAUAGCAAAGUCCAUGACAGAGAAGGCUUUGUAAACUGGACCAUAAAUCUUAAUACAAUUCAGUCUGAUAAAUUUUUGAGACUACUUUUAAGUAUGGUUCCUGUUGUUUACCAAAUAAACCAAGAUGAAAGACACAAAAAAGUGAAUGGUGUCUGGCAAGAUGGAUUACAACCAGCAGGAAACAAUUUUAAUGCUAGGUCCGAACAACACACAGAGUACCAUCACUUCUCAGAACCAAGUUUUCAUGGUAGCAAUGGACACAGCCCAUCUAGCUGUAGCCCUAAAUAUGAUGAUUUUACCAGUUAUAAUUAUUGUGAUGGAUUGGAUACUUCAGAAACAGAUGCCAUGUUGCAGGAAGACAAUCUGUCUAGUGACAGUAAUGAAGAUAUCAUUGUGGAAGGAAGUAGAAAACAACCCAAAGAAUCUAGUAGUAUUAUGGCAUUACAGAUACUUGUACCUUUUUUGCUAGCAGGAUUUGGAACUGUUUCUGCUGGCAUGGUUUUGGAUAUUGUACAGCACUGGGAUGUGUUCAAGAAUGUUACUGAAGUCUUUAUCUUGGUUCCUGCACUUCUUGGUCUCAAAGGAAAUUUGGAAAUGACCUUGGCAUCCAGGCUGUCAACUGCUGUAAAUAUUGGAAAAAUGGAUUCUCCCAUUGAGAAAUGGAACCUAAUAAUUGGCAAUUUGGCCUUAAAACAGGUUCAGGCAACAGUAGUUGGUUUUCUGGCAGCAGUGGCAGCAGUUAUAUUGGGCUGGAUUCCAGAGGGCAAAUACCGCUUUGAUCACUCAGUCCUUUUGUGUUCUAGCAGUGUAGCAACUGCCUUCAUAGCUUCUCUUUUACAAGGGAUAAUAAUGGUUGGAGUUAUUGUUGGAUCUAAGAAGACUGGUAUUAAUCCUGACAAUGUUGCCACUCCUAUAGCAGCAAGUUUUGGAGAUCUUAUCACUCUUGCUAUACUAGCAUGGAUAAGUCAGGGUCUUUACACUUGCCUUGAGACAUAUUCCUAUGUAUCUCCUUUGGUUGGUGCCUUUUUUUUGGUUCUGACUCCGAUGGGGAUUGUCAUAGCUGCCAAACACCCAGCUACCAGAACUGUCCUCCAUUCAGGAUGGGAGCCUGUUAUAACUGCCAUGAUUAUAAGCAGUAUUGGUGGCCUUAUUCUGGACACAACUGUAUCUGAUCCUAACUUAGUUGGAAUUGUUGUUUAUACCCCAGUAAUUAAUGGUAUUGGUGGUAAUCUAGUAGCUAUUCAAGCUAGCAGAAUUUCUACCUACCUCCAUUUACACAGCAUUCCUGGAGAGCUGCCAGAAGAAGCCAAGGGUUGCUAUUACCCAUGCAGAACAUAUUAUGGUACAGAGGUAAAUAACAAAUCAGCCCAAGUUCUGCUUCUUUUGGUGAUUCCUGGACACCUGAUUUUCUUGUACACUAUCCACUUAAUGAAGAGCGGACAUACUUCCUUGACCCCUAUCUUUAUAGCUGUAUAUUUGUUUGCAGCCCUUCUACAGGUGUUUACUCUGUUAUGGAUUGCUGACUGGAUGGUGCACCACUUCUGGAAAAAAGGAAAAGAUCCUGACAGUUUUUCUAUACCUUAUCUUACUGCACUGGGAGAUCUGCUUGGAACUGCCUUACUAGCUAUAGGUUUUCAUUUUCUGUGGCUCAUAGGUGACAGAGAUGGUGAUGUUGGUGAUUAAUUAUUCCAGUGGAUGCAAUGACUUUUCCUAGAAUAUUGAUGAGACUGAUCACUCCACUUGAAGGUUCCAAAGUGACUGUUCCAUUUGGUCUAAGUAAAUCCAGUUGACACAGACAUAAAACAGCCUUAAUGAUUUUAGUUUGGUUUGCAUUUAAAAACUUGGAUGAAACUAGGAUACUUCAGACCUGUAUUCCAAAACCAAGGUGAAUUGCUGGUAAUUGAAGACAUCUGAGUAGACACAACAAGGGGUGGAUCAAUCCUUGAAUCAAGUUUUAAAUUUUUAAAAGAUUUGGUCUUUUAAAAGAACAGUUCCUUACCUGUAUUGUGAACCAGAACAAUCUCUGAUUUCUCAUUCAGUGGUGACAAAGAAGAGAGUAAGACCUAAUCAGUGUCUUACCUUGUCUUUCCCUCCCAGGGACAAAGUGGGAAUAUUUUUUCAUUUUGCCACAACAGUGGCAGGGUGGACCUCAGAUUAAUUAAUUUUCAUAGACAUUACCUGAAUAGCUGAUGUAUUCUUAUCUUGCAGUUUCAGUGCUGUAGCUCUCUGACCAUUGCAGACUUGAUUUCAGUAAUGACUUUAUGGUGAUUAGAACCCUGAGUGUCCACACAUGUUGUCACAAGCUUUGUUUUCUGUAUACUAAUUAUGACCGUCAGCAUUUAUAAAAUUAGGCACUUGAAAAGUGUCUGCAGGGCUGAGCCCUUUCUUUUUGUGCUAAAAAGAGCAACCUAAUUAUUUUGCUGUUGUGAUUUAUUAGAACAAGAAAGUAGUAAAGACAAAUAAUGUGACACUGACUUGACCAAUAAUAAUGGAUGAAUGAUUAAAACUCCUUGUGUUGGAAAGUGUAUGUUCAUUUAGCAACUGAAAAGAUGUUUAACUAACUGAUAUUAAUGGUGUUGUGAUGGCCAGUAUCCUGAUUUUAAUGAAGUAUUUAGAGGUGUUGAUUUAACUGUAAAUACUGAUCCCUGCUUAAAACUUGAGGUAUAAAAGAUGAAGUUUCUUUUUUAGGCACUUAUGAAGUUACGUAAACUUCUCAAAUUCUGGAGCUGUGUCAUCCAUUUCUAAGUAGAAAUCUCUGCUAACAGGGGAUUUGCUUUCAAACUGUGGAAGUAAUAUGGUCAAUGAGGAAAAUACAGUUUCUGAAUGAUUUCUCCUAUUUGUAGACCUCAAUAUUUCAAAUAAUACAUUGAUCAUGACAACUUUG